GCAUAACAUAGUAAAACCAUUAAAAUAAACGAUUGGUUAUUAAAAAAAUACAUGGCUCAGUCAACAUUUCAGCAGAGAAACGUUUCAGGCAAACAUUACCGCAAAUGAAUGAAGUCGAAAUUAUCGAUAUUUUUAUUUGAGAAUCGAUUUUAGGGCAUUAAGAGGUGCUACCGGAAGUAUCGAUCCGCACUAUACGUUACCUUAACACUGUACCUCGUCAGCCAUGGCAUGUCCGACACGACAUAGUUCUCCUGCCAGUUGUCCUAUACCGUAUUUAAGUGAAUGUUUUGAUUGGAUGCCAUUCGAGGGUGUACCUAAUGAAGUGUCCUGGUUCCUCGCCUUGACAGCCGUGCCCCCCCGCCCCACCAAGCAUCCAUCCUCAGCGUGACGUCUCUCGCUGACAUUCAUUGGCCCCGCCUUAUUAUCCCCCUCUGCCACGCCUUCUUCUCCUCCUCCCUGGUAUAAAAGUGGGAGAAGGAGCCAGGAAGAGCAAAUUGGUGAUCUCCUCAUUGGACUUUGCAAAUGGAGAGGGGUGUACCGAUGUCUCUGUGGUGUGAGGAGGUGGAGGAUGAGCACCAGACGGAGGCACCCACCCAGACUCAGCUGCGGGCCGCCUGGGACCCGUCGGUGUCGGGGCAUCGUGUCAUCCAGCGGCUGCUUCACGUGGAGGAACGCUACACGCCCUCACCACUCUACAUCAGCCUCAUCCAGCGGGAUCCACAACGCAGAGAGGAUCUGUCCAAGUGGAUGCUGGAGGUGUGCUGCAGUUGCGGCUGCGAUGAGACCGUCUUCCCCCUGUCCGUCUCGCUGAUGGACCGCUUCCUGUCUGCCACCCUGUCCCUGCCCGUGUCUCCGUACUGCCUGGCCGCCGCCUGUGUCCUCAUCGCCUCCAAGCUGACAGAGUGCGACAACAUCACCUCCGAGGCGCUCUGUGCUGCAGCCGAGUACGACUUCCUGCCCUCCAACCUGAGGGAAAUGGAGCGCGUCGUCCUCGCCACCCUACGCUGGGAUACAGCCGCCGUCACUCCGCAGGACUUCCUCCCGCACUUCCUGGCUGCAGUGCAGGAGAGGAGCGAAGGCGGUGACUCCGAGCAGGAGAGGACCACGCUGCGGCGGCACAGCGACACGCUGGCGGCCAUGUGCAUCUGCGACCCCCGCUUCCUGGGGGCGCCGCCCUCGCUGGUGGCCGCGGCGUCCCUAAACUGCGCCCUACGGGGUCUGAGCAGCAGGGGGCGCCCUCAGCGGUCCCUGAUGAGUUUGAGGCUGGCCGAGCUGUGCCAGGCCGACCUGGUGGUGCUGCAGUACUACAGCCAAAUGAUCGAGUGUGCCCUCCAGCAGCGGCUGAGCAGCAGCCUGGCGGAGGUUCCCGCUGAGAAGGGUGACGAGAUGGAGGACGAAAGAGCCGGCACGCCCACCGACAUGAGAGAGAUUGAUUUCUGAACGCAACAAUUUUUUCACGUGGUUGAAUUGUAAGUGUGGAUCAAUCAAAAGUUUGCAUCAGUCAAACUGAUAUAAAUUAUGACCUCAAAAUAACAUAUUUUUAUACUCUCAAAUAAUUACAUGAUUGUACUGUUUAUUUAUUUUUUCCAUUAUUUAUUUGCCAGACCUUUUUUAAAGUAUGUGUUCUUUCUUUGUGCCAUAUUGGAGCUAUUUCUAUUAAUUUUAUU